CCAUUGCCGUCUCAGGCUAUGGCGUUUUGGACAACAUUUUUAUGAAGAGUGAAACUUGUACAUAUAUAUUAAUUAAUAAGGCAAAUGGACCACUUUCGAAAUAUUAAAUAGAUUUUUUGUCCAGGUCUCCUCCCCUCUAUCUCUAUGUCACUUAGUUUUGAAUGAAAUGGACAAGAUGGUGAGAUUACUAUUAUACCUCUCUAACUCUGCCCAAAUCAAAGCUUAUGAAAAGCUCAAAACUAGCACAAGGAUAGGAUAGUAGGUAGUAGGUAGUAGGUAGAGCAGGGUGAUGGAUAAGCGUAAGAGUCAUUUUGUGUUGAUUCACGGAUCUUGUCACGGGGCAUGGUGCUGGUACAAGGUGGCGACUUUGCUGAGAUCGGGUGGUCAUAGGGUCACGGUUCUGGACUUGGCUGCCUCUGGUGUCCACCCUAAGCAGGUAGAGGAGGUCCGAUCAAUGUCAGACUACUUGGAGCCAUUGAUGGAAUUCAUGGUGUCCCUACAGGUGGAUGAUAGGGUGAUUCUGGUGGGCCACAGCAUGGGUGGGAUCGGCAUAUCUGUAGCUAUGGAGAGGUUCCCUGAAAAAAUUUCAGUUGCUGUAUUUGUCGCUGCGUUUAUGCCUGGUCCCGACCUUGAUUUUCUUACCGUCUUUCAAGAUCACGUUAAAGGAUUGGACUCUUUUAUGGAUUGCCAACAUAAGUUUGAUAAUGGGCUGGACAAACCUCCAACCUCCCUGAUCUUUGGCCCCAAGUUUUUGUCGUCCAAGUUGUAUAACCUAUCGACUCCUGAGGAUUUGACUCUUGCAACCUUGCUGGUGAGACCAUAUCCCAUAUACCACGAUGAGGGGGAAGUAUUAAAGGAAACUGCACUUACAAAGGAUAACUAUGGAUCAGUCCGUCGAGUUUACGUUGUGAUUGAAGAAGACAACAUAAUAAAGGAAAAAUAUCAACGGUGGAUGAUCGAAAAUAAUCCAACGGACGAGGUGAGGGUGAUCCCUGGUUCAGAUCACAUGGUCAUGAUCUCUAAGCCUCAGGAACUGUGCUCCUGCCUACAGGAGAUCGCUGGAACUUACUCCUGAUAUGGUGUCUUGUUGUCUAAGUUGAAGUUUUAUAUAUCUUUCUCGGGACUCUUGGCUAAGAUAAGUAUGUUGCAAAUGUUAUAAUGAUCUUAUUUGGUAUAAUUUCUGUGGUUGUUUUUAUACAUACAUAUAUAUAUAUAAAUUUGUGUUAAAUG